AUGACUGUUGGCCCGGUAAUCCGAUCUUUCUGCCUCAGCCGGCAGCCCCAGCCACAGCAGGGCUAUCACAGUUCAGCUGGCAGACAAGCCUUCCUGCGAGUGCACGCGCAAUAUGGUAUUGUGAGAGGCUGUGGUUGUGAUAGGCAGCUGGCAAAAUUAACCACUGUCUUUGAACUCAGUGUGAGCACCAGCCACAUAACGGACGUGCAAGGGAAACAGAACAAAAAAGCUUCCCGGAUUCACCAUCUUGACCCCUCACCUCUUCCCAAACCCUUCCCAUCACAACAAAGUUCCAACAACGUUCCAACUCAGUUCCAAACAUCGUUCCAACAAAGUUCAAAAACACCGUUCACAUCCCGCGUCCCCAAUCUCAAGAUGAGGAGGCGGUUGAGAAGAUCAACCGGGAAUGAAGCUCCUGUUGACAACAAGACCAUCGUGCCUCCCUGCUACGCUGAAUCCACGCAUCACCUGGCAUCGAGAGCCGCCGCAAAGGAGACGAGAAUGCGUACCACAAACCUGAUGCUUUCAUCGACGCUCCACAGCAAGUCAACCCUCAGCUGGCUGGUCAUGACACGCAAACAAAUGCACCAGCUCCUCUUCCCACCUCCCUCCGAGCCGUCGAAGCUGCCCUACAAACAAAAAACCAGCAGCCUCUGGACCGACACAUGGGAGCAUGGUAUUGGCAUGAAACCAUAUGCGGCUUUCACCGUAUCACAACCGUACUACAUCGCAGCUCGUAUCUCCAAGCCCAACGGCCAAGUUGAUUGUCGACUUCAGCUGGUCAAGACGAUUGCAAUGUGUCAACUUCUGCCAAAGACAUUCGUAGCAAGCGGUGUUGACGGUCGUGAUCAACAACAGCAGCAAAAUCAUCGGGGUGAUAAGCCCCACCGGAAAAACAAAAAGAAUCGUGGUGAGACGCAUCGGUCUGGUGACAAAGUGCCGUAUCAUCUGAGGGGCAUCAACCGCAGUCUGAUCGGAACGAAGCAAUCGUCGAAGUGA